AUGUUUCGUUUAAUUUGCGCAAGGUUGCCCCAAAAACUAAAGCACAGACCUUCGAAAACUAGCCACGCAAACUUUUUCUCAACCUCCUCUCUGAAAUCCAUCGAAGGACUUCCUAACUCCAAGGACCCACAAUCUCUGACAGUCUCCUUCCUUCAAGAUUCAUGUGGGUUUUCCUUGGAACUGGCCAUUUCAUAUUCCAAGAAGCUCAACAUUGAGAACAUAGAGAAUCCCAACUCCGUUCUGGAUCUGUUGAGAACUCACGGUUUGAAGCAGAACCACAUCAGAUACUUAAUUAGCAGUCGCCCAUUAUUGCUUUUGGCCGAUUUAGGCAAUACCCUUAAGCCCAACAUGGAGUUGUUUAAAUCCUUAGGGUUUUGUGGCGCUAGCCUCGCCGAAAUGCUCAGCAAAUACCCAGCUGUGCUAGAAAGUGAUGCAUACACUGCUGUUGAGUUUUUUAGAGCGCAUGGUCUUAGUGAUAAGCAAAUAAAAGCUUUGACGAUGAAGCGUCCCUCAUUGUAUGCGUAUAAUGUUAACAAGAAUUUUAAGCCAAAGUUGGAGUUUUUCAAAUCGUUAGGCUUUUCAGAUCUUGAAAUUGCGAAGCUUUUAUAUGCAGCGCCUCGUGUUCUGCAAACGAGCCUCGAAAAACAAAUCAUUCCGAAACUUCAAGAGCUUAGGCGGAUUCUUGGAACUGACGAGAAUAUCUUCAAUGUUAUAAUGGCAUACUGCGUAAUGCAUAGACCAAUGCGUGUACAGUGGAUACAGCCCAACAUCAAUAUGUUGGUAAGCCAUGGUGUUCCCCAGUCUUCAGUUUUGAAACUCUUGUUUGCUAAAUCAAGUCCACUGCUUAUGUGUUGCAAUCGGUUUAGUGAGAUUGUUGGUGAAGUUAUGGAACUGGGUUUUGAUCCCAAUUGUAUUAAAUUUGUUCUCGCCAUUGUGUCCAUGUCACUAAAUAGUAAAACACUGUGGGAGCAGAAGGUGGAAGCUUUUAGGAGUUUCGGUUUGUCAGAGGGUGAGAUUUAUGCUGCAUUCAAGCGGCAACCCAUGUGUAUGAGUUGUUCGGAAAAGAAGAUCAAGAAAAUGAUGGGUUUCUUUGUGAACAAACUGAAGAUGAAGCCUUCUAUGAUCUCCAAGAGUCCGAAUGUUCUACUGCAUAGCUUGGAGAAGCGGAUUAUUCCGAGGUGUUCAGUUAUGCAAGUUUUGAUGUUGAACGGGUUGAUCAAGGAGGAUAUUGGCAUUGUUUCUAUGGUCACAAUGGCCGAGAAGAAAUUCAUGUUGCAAUUUGUGAGCAAGUAUAAAAAUGAGGUUCCUGAUGUUGUUAGAGCGCACCAAGGGAAGAUAGAAUUUCAAGGGCUCCCCAUAGCCAUGGAGAUAUGA